AUGCGUAGGAUCACGGCGUUUUGCUUGAAAUCACUUGUCGCCACGUGUGCGCGGAGCAUAGCAACGGGUGGACGUGUCACAAACGAAGAUCGCCGCUGGUGGUUAAUUCACUUGGAGUGUGCGCCCGAUGUCACGCCGGGUACAUUUGUCGCGUGGCUUGAUUGCUGCGGCACGCACACCACCAAGAAGCUGAUUGAGCGAAACAUAUGGACCAUUGAGCAGGUGGCACAGCUGGACUCCGAUCAGGUGGACGAAUUGAAGUAUAGGGAGGGGUGUUUGAAAAUGGAUGUCGUCUGGGAACAUGCCCGCACCAUUCUCAUACCGCUGCAGCAACGUGAGGCAACUGGCGGCGUUGAGUCCGAGCUGCAGAGUCGUAUUUUGGAACUUCGAAAGAAGCGUGAGCUCGAACGAAAGCGUGAGGAGCUGUUGAAGGAGCGAGCAAAUAUAAUCGAGCAACGCGAAGCGACACUGCGCAAAUUGCGGGAGGCAAUUGCGGCAAAGAAGGCAGCCAUCCUCCAAAAGAAGCAAGAAAUAGCAGAAGACGCCGAUAACAAAAAAGACAACAGUAGUGCGUCUUCUUCGUCGACUUGA